AUGGGGAAAAAAGUAAAGUCCAACGACACCGGUUUAGAUGAAACGAUGCCGUCGGCUAAGGUGAAGCAGGAAAGCGGUGGUGCUCCAGAAACUGCUUCCACCAGUGCGGAACCGGCGGCAAGUGGCCUGUACACAGCGUUGGAUGCUAUGAUAGACGAUCCGUUCCAGGAUCUAGACUGGGAGGAACUAUUGCGGUACGAUGGCAACCUGACGGACGAGCUACCAGCCGACACCGAGAAAAGGUUGCGCGAUACCCUAGCGAACGUCCCGGAAAAGGAACGGCUGAAUCGAGUCGAUUAUCGGUGCGAGUGGGCCGAUUGUCGGUUUCGAACUCGGAAGGAUGAUCUGUUCUUUCCGCACGUGGAAGAGCAUGCCGAGAUGGCUGAGCCGAACGCACACCGAAACUACCACUGCGAGUGGGAUCUAUGCGAUUUCAUUACGGCCAAAGCGGACCUGCUGAUUUCGCACCUGCACUAUCAUGGCUAUCAUAUGAAGUUAAAGACACACGCGGCUAGCUUGCACAAGCUGAUCGACAUCCCUAAAUGCAAUCGUGAUUUCGAUAAACGGAACUUCAUCUCGGAUCAACCGAUGAGCUACACGUGCGCAUGGGAUGGGUGUGAGGAACGGUUUGUUAAAGUUAUGGAGUUCUUCGAACACGUGGUGACCCACACCAAAGCGUACAACGCGGCCAACGCCGACGCCGGAAGAAUUGUGCCAUGUCUCUGGAAAGACUGCAAGUACCGGUACAAAAGGUGUAUGCCACAGUAUCACCUGAUGUUGCAUUGCGGCAAAAAAACAAUAGCCUGCUUCGUUUGUGGUGAAAUGCUUAGCGUACGCCACAGAUACAUUCAACACUGCUCUCGGAUGAUGGAUCUACGCUUUCGCAAAUAUCAGUGUAUGGAGUGUGGCACAUACUACUCAACCGCCGCGCUGUAUCAGAAGCAUGUGUACAUUCACAGAGACGCUGCCAAACUUGAAUGUCCGCACUGCCCGUUUAAAUGUUUCUUUGCGUCGAGGAUGAAAUUACACAGCGCAAAGCACAACCGGAAUGUGGAAAAACCCUUCCCGUGCGAUAAGUGCGAGUACCGUGCAAGAACGGCGAAAGAUAUUCAACAGCACACCGAAACACAUGACCAGAUACAUCGUUGCCCCGAAUUCGGGUGCAACAUGGUGUUUAAGACAGCACAAUCAAAGGGGCAGCACAUGCGGGAGCACUUCAAUUUGACGAAGAAAAGAUUUGAAUGCCACAUUUGUAAAGCAAAGUACCUUUCCGGCGCUCCUUUGUCGAAGCAUUUGUUCUUCGAGCAUAAGAUAAAGCGAGUGCCGGGCUUCACCUUGCUUCGGUACAAGCGUGACACCGACGGGAUGUUCCGCCUCAGAACGUACGUUGAACGGCGAACGAACGGGAAUGGAGGAGCUGUAAACCGAGGAACAGAACUAAACCACAAACUGGCGAAGGCGUGA